AUGACGCUGAUGUUCUUUUUUUCGUUGUUGGUCAUCGUCUAUGCAAUAACUUUUUGGCUAUAUAUUCCACUACCAAAUGAUAUCAGCGAUCAUUUUAAGCUUCAACUUGUAGAAUUUCUUCUACGGCUAAAAAUACGUAAUAAACUUACAAGAAUUAUUGUUUCAUUACCAUAUUUUUUCAAAGCUCGACCUCCAAAAAAUGUUCAUGUUCAAAACAGAACAAUUGCUGGUGUUCCUGUACGUGUUUAUAUUCCAAACAAAACAGAUACUGAUGCAUUAAUUUUCUUUAUCCAUGGUGGAGGCUGCAUUUCAGAGUACUAUGACAGUUUAAUGUACAUGAUUCUUUCGUUUCUUCGCCUACCCAUUGUUUCUGUGGACUAUCGUAUGGCACCGGAAUAUCCGUUUCCGACUGCAAUUGAUGACUGUGAAGCUGUUUAUGUAGAAAUUAUCAAAAAUGGUAUUGAUGGUAUCGAGUUUGAUCGUUCAAAAAUUUGUGUAGUUGGCGAUAGCGCUGGCGGUAAUCUUUCAGCUGUAUUGUCACAACGAGCUCUCAGAAAGAAUUAUUUAAGUCCAAAAUGCCAAGUUCUGAUCUACCCGGUAAUUCAUCUGUUUGAUCAAAUGUCGCCAUCGUAUCAAAAGUAUUACAAGCGAUAUAAUGGUACAGCACUGUUGAAUCCGCCGAUGCUUGCACGUUGGUGUAUGUUCUAUUUUGGAAUACCGGCAACCAAAUCAAAUGUGCAAAAAUUUUUGCAUAACCAACACAUAAGCCGGUCUCUUUUUUCUUCUUUCUUAUCUUUACUGUGUGAAAUGUUUGCUCGAAUUGGUUACAACCCAGAUUUAGCACCAAUAAUGGGCAAAGAUUUGAAUGGUUUAUGUCCGGCAAUGAUUCUAACCUGUGGUUAUGAUAUUCUUCGAGAUCAUGGACCACAGUACACUGAACUUUUGAAAUUAUACCAUGUUCCAGUAGUUUAUCGAUACUAUAAAACUGCAUAUCAUGGCAUUAUGAAUAUGCCAGCUAGUAGAAAGAAAAGAGAAAUGGUUCAGGAUAUGGUUGCGUAUCUGAAAUCACAAUUGAAUCUUAAGAACUAA